AUGCCUCACACCUCUCGCACCCGCAAACAGCACCCUCUUCCACAAAAACGCCACCAAAUAACCAGCGAUGACGGCUGGACACACGUUACAACAAGGAACAAUGCUCGGCGCGUAAAUUUAACAAAUGCACGACUGAGUUCGUCUAACAGCGCCGCACAGCCUGAUGAACUUAUGCUAGGGCCUUCUGAAGCGCCGGCGCGGUUAACGCUGGGGGAGCUAGAGAGCCAGUAUGCGGUGCAUCGGGACAGAUGGCUUGAGUCGGAGACUUGGAAGGGAUGCCAGGAGACUCUGUUGAAGAUAGGAAAUAGCAAUCAGAUUGAUAGGAUUGUCUGUAUUGGCUUGGGAAGUGUGAGUGGAUUUUUGAGAGAUGGAUGGGUUGAUCGGCGGAGUGUAUCGAUGUAUCAACUUGCAGCAUUGGAGGGUAUAAAGAGGGAAAUUUGUGAGUGA